AUGGAUGAAGAAAAGGAAAAUAUUUCCUCUGAGAACAAUGUUGAUCAAGAUGAUGCUAAUAUUGUUACCAACCUUGAAGAUUACGCUAUAAAAAAGAAGGCCAACAAGAAGAAAGAUACCCUCAAACUCAAGAAUACCCCAACCAAAAGGGUAGCUACUCCAAAAUCUAAGAAGAAGGGUGUAUCAAGUAAAAAUAAUAAGGAUGUCGCUAGCUCUAAUAAGCCUGCAGUUAAGAAGAAGUCCAUCCAUAAGAGGAAGGUUUACCUUGUGGUCGAGAUUUCUAAAGAAGAUGUGGAGGACAUAAUGAUUCUUCUUGUGAAGAAAAAUAGGAAGAAAAUGGGAAGAAAGAGAUCCCUUCUAAUUUCCCUCUUGAUCUAA